AUGGAGGCUGUGCGCAAUAUUCAAAAUCCUAUCCCCCGGGAGGUGAUGAAGCCCUCCAAAUGGCUUUCCAUGUAUGAGGACUUUGUUGCCAAGAACUCUAGCUCUGUGGGCUCGGUGGAGUCCGCCCUGAGUUCCUUGACCUAUAUCAUACCUGGAAGAUAUCGCGAAUCUGAAAUUGCGUCAGAAUGCGUCCAUUCCGGAGUCCAGCUCCUAUCCCUAUACCAUGAUUCUCUUGUAUCCAAAGUGAUCUCUCGACUUCCCUCAACAGUUCCGAGGCCGCCACCGUCACCGCACGCGCGCUACACUAAAUACUGGACUUUGCGGUCGUCGCUGUAUCAUCGAGUAGCCAUGGCGCUGCAGAUGCUACGAUACACUGAACUUCUAUGGGAGAUGGCAGCCCGACGUCGCGGACAGAAAACGCGAUGGCGUGUAGUCGUCUUUAUUGAAAUUGCCAAGGCGAUCUGUCGCCUACUUUUGCUUCGGCUCACCAAUUCCCGACCCUUGGUGAACCCGCCGCUGCCGGAGCGAGAAGUCGACCCUCGGUCGACUCAGGGAGAAGAUGAGCAGAGCGAUUGGAACGGCAUGGAGACACCUACGAGCGAGCGCUCUACCGAUAUCAGCUGGACGAUGCCUCGAACAGGACUGUCCAUGCCGUCUCUACCUGACGUGAAUGACGUGUCAAAUUAUUUGAUUUCCAAGGUGCUCACCGCGGAUGACAUCAAACCACCGAAGACACUGUUGCACCGCGUCACUGGCCAGGGCCAGUUGGCGGAGGUCAUGUACAUCCUGCGGCCUGUCGUGUACGCGCUGGCAAUGCAACGCUGGAGUGGAGAUCGGCGUAGCUGGCGGCCCUGGUUGAUCGGAUUCGGCAUGGAAUAUGGCUGCCGACAGCUCGCCAAGCGCGACUUCCGAGAGCGAGUGGCUGGUGGUCUACGGGGUCUGACUGGCCUUGAACGGGAAGAACUGCGGAAACGCGGGUGGUCCAUGGGCUGGUGGCUGAUGCGGGGCGCUUUCUACGAGAACAUCACCAAGUCUUGGCUGCACAGUGUCACCGGCAAGAUGAAGGGCAAGCCCCUUUUGGACUUGGUGGGUAGCGUUGUCGAAGAUUAUGAGUACCUGUGGGACAACUACUACUUCUCGACUGCCACGCUCUGA